AAAUCGGUGCGCAAUCAUUAGUCUGAAAGUCACCAUAUAUGAAACGUUUGAAGUUACCAUAAAACUUACGUCAAAGAAUGAUUUACAGAAAGCAAUGAUGAUUGAUGAAGUAGCAGACGCUGUGCUUUGUGAGUGCCGAGUGCAUGUUCUAGUGCGCACUUUCGGAUAACUUGGCUCAACAUUUGCUUUGCACCAUAUUCGCCAGUGAUGAAAUCACCAAGGUCGUAUAGGAACUUCGUCUGUUUGCGAACCUUGUGUUACCACUGUGCUCGUUCAUUAAGCCCCCAAAUCAUUAAUAAGAACUCGUGAGCAGCCGCACGCAGCGCAUGGCGACCUUGUAAACAAAACAGUCGUAGAUGCACGGCAGUGUGCCUCAAAAUUUAUGCAAGCAAUGACGCUCUGCUUUUGUUCUAUAGUUCGUCCAUUAUUUCGAUCGAGAUGUCUUUCAUCGCAAGCCUACCAGACAAAACUGCGCACAAUUACUUGGAACGACGUUUCGCAAGCCCUCCGGCCUUUCUACUUCAUCGUUCACCCAGACUUAUUUUGGAAGCAUCCACGAGAGAAACAGAAAAAUGAAGAUUCUUUGAAGCAGCUCAACGCUUACUUAGAAGGUUUAAUAAAGGCGCCGUCGACGUCGACUCGGGUUUUGAACGUGAAUUUUUAUCUCAGAGAGCCGGACCGGGCGAAAGACCCCGACGCACCUUUUCGUAAUGUCCGAAUACGUCUAAGUAGUGCGGACCCCCACUCGUCUGUCUAUGAAGUUCUCAAAAUGUGUGGUCUUUCGACCGAGGGCUUGGCGCCUCCGAAGGAAGCACCCGCGGAAAACCAACUGAGAAAGGACGUAGAGGACAUGGGUGAGGACGCCAGCAAAUAUAACAGACGGGCUCGUGGUGAUUUCUCUUGGAUUGUCAUGGAACAACAGAUGCAACGUGAAGAGGACCUCUACCUCGAGCAAUUUCUGGAGUCAAACGUACAGAAUGCUCACGAGCUUCGACUCAAGUCUGCUCCCUUGCAUUCGGAAGCCAGACGUCUUGCUGAAGAUCUGAUGGCAUCACUGUCUCUGUCUGGUCUUCGCUGGGAGGGUGGCUGGGGUGCUGCGCACCACCGAGGUUGUCUGGAGAGCUUCCGCCUACUAGUUGAGCAGUAUCCUGAGGCCGCUCAGGCAGUCCGAGGUCGUGCUGUCGUGUUUGGGCGUACUACCGGAAUUACGCUGGAUGGACAUGUAGCACUCAGUAUGGAAGACGUCAGACACAACUGGCUGUCUUUCCUCCGAUCAGCUCAUCGCUACACCCGCUAUGUGGCCUGCGUUCCGCAAGCUGAAAGGGACCUGUCACUGGCACUAAGAGGAAUAUGUGUAGAUCAUCGGCGUUUUAAGCCUGCUGUCACAGCCGAGAAGUACAUUCAGCAGCUUAGCAAGCUUACCACAGCACUGCACAGAUACAAGUGGGAACACGGUGGAUCCUUCACAAACCUACCGCGCGACCUGAGCUCUUACAAGCUGGGAGUGGAGUGCGAAGCGGGACCCCUGAUGUUGUCCCCCACGGGGCAGUUCCUCACCCCUGCGUCCUGUCCGCCUCGCAUCCUGCUCAAGUUCCUCUUGGACAAUAUUGAAGAAGCAACACAGCGGCGAGCACGGCAUGUAGGCUUCCGCCGUGCUGAAGUGGGACUCCUGGACCGUUGUCGCUGGAAGCUCGGACUCUCUGGGCUCUCUCGGGACGACAGUGUCACGCCAGAGUUGGUGGUCCAGUGCUGUGGAAGGCUGUUGGCCGAUGCCGACCGCUGGUGGCCGCUGUUACAGGGUUGCCAUCUUCACGUGUCUCAUUACUACUCUGUCUUGCAGGAUGGAAUAGUUUGCAUUCCGUGGGAUUGGAAAAACGAAAAAUCAAGCACGGAGGAUCAGCCUUAGUGGAAAAAGAGGCUUCGCGGUUCAGGAAAACGGAUUGGAAGUGUCUUGAUGGCCUUACAGACAAUCAAUCAGAGUUGGUGGUGGUGGUGUGCUCGCUUUCUGAAAAUCCGCUUCAAGCUACCGGGCAACGUCUUGCGAAGGGUGGAAUGAACACGCAACCAUUAUUCUAUUUCACACCGUACCUUCUACACGUGCCACUCGCCAUUCGACAGGCGCCGGUGAGGAGGAACGUAAAACGCAGAGCAGAUUGGGCCUUGCAAAGCACCACCCGUUCGCCUACGAAGAGGCGGCCCAGACAGCGCAAUUUGCUUGAAGAUCGAGUGCAUAGUGGCAGACGGGUAGAUCAAGACUGUUUCUUUCCCGGGCACGUCUGCAAAUACUGGUAAUACUGAGUUUUAGUAUAACGUGCGCUCUCGCCUUUUUGUACGUAAGGGAUAGCUUUGGUGGUUCUGCGCACAAGCAACAAUAAAGAGAGCUUCGCGCAGUGCGCAGAAUCAUCACGCUAUUCCUUACGUACGCAAAGGCGACAGCGUGCGAUGCACUAAAUUUCAGUAAUGACACCUGCCAGUCAUUCCUAUACUUGAUCUUGUACAUUGUGCUGCUUGGGAGAUGCUAAGAGGCGUGCAUUUGCAGAUAUUUCCAGAACGAAAAAAAAAAAGAAGGGAUGGAAAAAUAAAUAACUCUGUUUCAAUACCAUUUCCAGAAGCCACCGUCUUGACGACAUGCGUUUUAUGUUAUCUGAUAAAAGAUUAAUCCGACGGUAUACACUCCUGUCUCCCUUCAGCCUGCUUAUGACGCAGGAUGUGUCUUUACUAUUUCGAGGUGACUGAUAAGCUCAGUGCAGUGGCUCGUGCUUGCGAAGAAAAGAGCAGAGGCGAGACAGGACCAGAGAAGACCAAUAACGUAAUAGCGAAAGACAGUGGAGGGAUUUCCUCCGUAGCUUUUGCCCUGUUUCAUUUGGUGUGGUGCGAAAGACUGACAAUACGGUGGUGAAGCAAAUAGGAUUUUGUGCGUGACACUUGUUCUGUUGUGCGAGUUCCGUGACGCGUUGUGUGAUAGAGCUCAGUGUGCUGUUUUGAAUAAGCAGGGACGUCGUCGGGCCAUUACAGAUUUAAACGUCUGCAGAAGUGACCUCGUCGUGUGUUAGUGCUAAUGGAUGCAGUGGACUGCAUCGAUUAGUGGACCCCAUGUGUGACACCAUCUGAAGCACCUCUAUACAGCAAGGGCCUUCCUAAGUCUAACGGAUUUGGAGGAUGCCAUGUUGUGAAAGGCACCUUUUCACGAGGCGCCGGCCGUCCCAGAAGAGGUCGUUUCUGGAGGUCAAUAUGACCUCGAAAACCGACAGAGCAUCCCCCUCGCGACAACACCAAUAAUGAGGAUAGACACGACGUUUUCAAAUGGUUACACUGCGGUACCGAGCACAACCACACCAUGCUUUCAGUACCAUAAUUAUAACAGGAAAAAGUAGGUAGGACGUCCGAAGUCCAUGCACUCGGAACGCUUCGCGCGUUCUCUUAUCCUCACUAUUUGGGCGAUCGACGCGACACCUACA